CUGAAGAUAGACGAGUAAUAAUACAUGCACCCCCUCACCUCACCUCACCUCACCUAUGGCUUUUGCAGGUUAGAGAGAGAAAGAGAUGCGCCCGAGAGAGAAACCCAUUGCCAUUUGUUGAGCUUUGAGCAGAAUUCGGACACUAAAAUCGAGAAAUUUUCACCCUUUUUCUUCUUGAAUUUAUAUAAUUUAUUCACAGAAUCACACCCUUUAGCUCUGUGAUGUUGUUGGUUUGUGAAAUUGCACCAAAAGGGCACUGAAAUUUCUGGGACUUUCGGCAAUUUCGAAGCCAAAAAGCAAAUACCCAAUUUGUGAAUCCCUAAUUUAUACCAUUUCGAGCUCAAUUUGCAUGUUAUUUUGGGAUUGCUCUUAAAAAGGGUAUGCUUAACGAAUGUUGGGAACAUGAGCUUUUUGCAAGCUGGAAGGAAGGGGCAUUCAAGUGAAAUGAAAGUAGCCUAGGAGGCUAGAAUCCCAAAUGAUGUUCCCUCAGGAUAUCUUUGAUCUAGGAGAUGAUGGCUUUGAGGGAUCACAUGACGAGCUCCGCAUUUCUCAAGAGGUGUUUUAUGGAAAUGCUGCAGUUGGUUGUAGUAUGAAGUGUGAUAUUGCUGGAGUUACUAGAUCUCUUAAUGAGCAUGAUAAGAUGAUUGAGAUUUCACCUAGUUCUCACAGUGAAAACUCAGCCGUAACAAACGACGCUUCCUCAAAAGAUCUGUGUCGGAAGGAGGCUGCUUCUGCUGAACUUCAGAGGGACUUUCAAGCAAUAAGCUCGACAGAAGGGUCUAUUAUGGAUGAAAGGAUUGAUCAUGAUUUGCAUGCAAAGCGGAUGAGAUAUUCAGUGACCGAGCUAUGUAAUUUUAAACCUUACCUUGAUAAGGCUGUGGCCUCAUCUGUGCCGCUGAAGCAAGUUAUUUCUGAAGUGUAUCGUCCUGUACUGCCUGUUACCUGCCAAAUUCUUAUGGGUCAUGUGGUUGAAUCGUGCAGUGAAGGUCUGACAUCUAGUUGUUAUCUGUUAAAGAAAUAUCCUGAAUCUGACCAAGAAGGCAACUUAGAAGAGAGCAGUGCUCUUAAUGGUAGCUUGUCAGGCUCAGAUGAAAGUGAAGUGAAGCAACUUAGCUGUAGUAAAUCUAUAGCCUCACCUGUUUCCCAGGAAAGUUCUGCUACCAAAAUUUUAGUUCCCAGCUUCUCGGCUGUUGAAAUCAGUGUGUCUGAGUCACCUGAACGCCCUAACGGAAGAACUACAAAAGCAGUUUAUCCUGAAUGUGAAGAUGAUGAAAUAUUUACUGGUGACAGCAUGAAGGAGGCUCAUGCUAUUCUUCGUUCCCGAGUGUACCUCUUACUUGAAAGAGCUGGAUGGUCUCCUGAGAGGCGAAUAAGAAAUGAUGGAAGGAACCGAUAUAUGUACCGAUCACCUGAUGGAAAGCUUUUUCGUGAAUUUUCAAAAGUUUGGGACUUGCUUGGUCAGAUUUUUUUCUCUCACGGAAACAACAAAAUGAAUGUAGAUGAUAAAGAGUGGACUAAUGUUCAUCAGUUCUGUUCUGAUAUGUACGAGACACUAAGAUAUAUUGACAAUACAGUGAACGAUUGGGAUCCUAAGUAUUCACUGAGUUGUCAAUGGAGACUACUGGAUCCCUUUGUGAAUGUGGUUCUUGUGAACAGACAGAUUCAUGCACUCAGAGCUGGAAAGGUAGUCAAAGCAAAGCAAAGAAAUGUAGUUGACUUUAGUUGCAAAGCUGGGAUAGAGUUGAGAUUAAAAUCUAGGAAAGGUGAUAAGAAGAGGCCUUUAGACGGGCAUGUUAAGAGAAUUGUCUGCAGUCCUUCCAUGACCUCUGAUACAGUGGAUACUCAUAAAACCAGAUCAGUUUAUGUUUCGGAAGGAAAUAGCAUGCGUCUUGUAAAGACAAUUGCUAACUCUGGAAAUCACUGUGUGGGAACUUGUACAGAUGAAAAUAUGAAUUCUUGUCGCAUAUCAGCAUGUGAGUCUGACAGCACAGGUUUACAGCAUCCUGCUUAUUUAUAUGAUGUUCCUGUUGGCAGUGUUGAGACCAAUGCAAUUUACGAGUCUUCACCUCAUCAAGCUAGUGGUAUGAGCUCUCCAAGCUUCAAUAAACAGAAAUUGAAUGUUAUUAAGGAAAGCUCCAAAACUUCGGCAGUUUGUUUGUUAGAGGAAGGAGCUGAAGCAAUCCAAAGAUCUGUCAUUGAUGCAGGGGUGAAGAAACUGGACUGUAAAUAUGAAGGGUUUUCUGGAGUUGAACUCUCCAAUCUGUGCCAGGCAGAAGCUGAUAAUAUUUGUCCGGACAUUGAUAAGAACAGCCAAUUGAAGUUAGUUGAUGUCCAGGGCUGGUCAAUGGACUGUGUUGUCAAUGAUGCAAGCUCAAAUAAGUUUCCGACCAGCUUCUUUGAGCAUCAUAAUAAUGGAUUAAAAAGAUCUAUACUUGGAAAAUCUUACCAAGACAGAAAUCGUAGUAUUUGUUGUUCAGAAAAGUUAAAAGCUUGCCACGAUACUAAUAAACCCCAUGUAUAUAACAAAUGUUUUGAAUCUCAUUCUUGCAAGAAAAGCACGAGGCCUAAAAAGCAUCACAGCGGCAAGAAGCGAUCGAUGGGUUGUCGGCUUAAGGAUGACGACUUAUUAAUUUCGGCAAUAAUAAAGAAACGAAGCUUUAAAUCCAGUAGUAAUGAUUUUGGUCCAAAGCCUGGUAAGUUUAAAUUAAAAGCUCUGCAGAAGUGUAAGACUCAGAAAGGUAGUUGCAGGUUGCUUCUGAGGAGCUUUGGUAAGGGCGGGAAACAUAUCACAGAUAGGUGGACAUUGGUUGGUGAAAGGACAGUUUUGGCGUGGUUAAUUAGUGCUGGGGCUAUAUUUAUAAAAGAAGCAGUCCAAUACCGUGAUCCGAAAGAUGAUGCCGUAGUUAAAGAAGGUGUCAUUACAAAGGAUGGGAUUCUGUGUAAUUGUUGCAGUGAGGUGUUUUCUAUCUCUAAGUAUAAGAUCCAUGCAGGUUUUAAUCAGAAUCGUCCUUGUUUGAAUCUGUUUGUGGGCUCUGGUAGACCGUAUACUCUAUGUCAGCUUCAAGCUUGGUCGGCUGAAUACAAGGCCAGGAAAAGUAGCACACGACAUGUGUCAGUUGAUGAGUUUGACAAAAAUGAUGAUUCUUGUGGACUUUGCGGAGAUGGUGGGGAAUUGCUGUGUUGUGAUAACUGUCCUUCUACAUUUCAUCAGUCGUGCUUGUCAGCAGAGGAGCUUCCUGAAGGAAGUUGGUAUUGCCCAAGAUGCACCUGUGAGGUCUGUGGAGCUCUAGUCAAUGACACCGGAACCUCGAGUUCUUAUGCUGCACUGAAGUGUUCGCAAUGUGACAAAAAGUAUCAUGAAGUGUGCUUGACAGACAAGGGUAUGGGCAAGGUUGGUGGUGCUCCCUGGUUCUGUGGCUCAGGUUGUGAAGAGGUCUUUAGUGGUCUGCAAUCUCGUAUUGGUCUGCUCAACCAAAUUGCUGAUGACUGUUCCUGGACCCUUCUGAGAUGCAUCCACGAUGACCAAAAAGUUUCUUCUGCUCAACGUUUUGCUCUAAAAGCUGAAUGCAACUCUAAGUUAGCUGCUGCCGCUACUAUUAUGGAGGAGUGCUUCCUCUCCAUGAUCGAUCCGAGAACAGGCAUAGAUAUGAUACCACAAGUGGUGUACAAUUGGGGGUCGGAGUUUCCAAGACUAGAUUAUCACGGAUUUUAUACUGCUGUCUUAGAGAAGGAUGAUGUACUUAUAUCAGUUGCAUCUAUCAGAGUGCAUGGAGCAGCUGUUGCGGAGAUGCCUCUCAUUGCAACUUGCAGCAAAUAUCGUCGGCAGGGAAUGUGUCGGCGUUUGCUAAAUUCUAUCGAGGAGAUGCUCAUAUCCCUCAAAGUUGAGAAGCUUGUGAUUACUGCAAUUUCUGAUUUAGUAGAAACCUGGACAGUUGGUUUUGGCUUUAUACACGUGGAUGAGGAAGAGAAAAGAAGCUUGAGCAAAAUCAACUUGAUGGUGUUUCCAGGAACCGUGAUGUUGAAAAAGACACUUUAUGUGAAUCAAGCUAGAGACUUGCAAAAUGGAGUUGAAGAUUUCUCAGCUAAGGGCAAUGAUGAUGAGUCAUGUAAGAUAGGUAUGUGCUUGGAAGCGAAUCCUGAAACAGGUGCCAUGCAUGGAAAUACUGGAGAGGAGUCUUUUAUUAGAGAUGCAAAUGAAGUACAAGUUAAGCUGAUGAGCUCUUCUGAUAUGAAGACGGAUGAAUCUCUGAAGAGUGCACCUGUGGCUGAAAUAGAGCCUGAUAUUUUCAAUGAUUUGGGUUCCUUGGAGCAGGAGGAUUGGGUGACAAAUGUAACAACAGGCUUUAGAAAAGAUGAGAUUUUCCAAGUACCAGUUGGGUGUGAAAUGGAAACGAAUGAGGCUGGGGAGAAGAAAACCUUGGAAUUUGGUUUACUAGGAAUGAGUGAAGGUGAUAGCCAGAUGAUAACCCAGUUUUCUGCCUUGGGGUCAGAGAUAAAACAUUUCAUAGACGAUCAAAGUAAUUGUUUACAAGUUGCCGAAGACCAAUAUUUUGUCAACAAGCCUAACAGUAGAACUGAAAUGGUAAAAGCAGAUGAGCCUCGGGAUGAACUUCCAGAAUUACUAGAAUGUAUAAAUCAAGAGAACACUCUUUCGAGCGAACUCACAGGGGAGUGUUUAGGUGAUCUUGUCUACGAAAGAAAGGAAACAGAUGUACAAGUUUCGUUUGAUGUUUUGGAAGAGCUGAGGAAUAAUGUGUGUUGUAAAGGCAGGGAAGGUGAGAGCAGCAGUGAUGCAUGUAAAAUGAGUCAAAAUGUGUUGUGUAAGUUGGAGAAUUCAGAGGCAGAAAAGGAAGAUGUAUCUGCUGAUGCCAUUAAAGUAGGUACUACUACUGCAAAUAACAUGAGUGAAAAUGUGGCCGCUGAAAUGGUGAAUGAACAAAUCUCUGGAGUUAGAGAAAAUCUAACGAUUAAGUCGAUGAAUCUAGAAGCUGUUGUAAGCAUUAAAUAUGGUAUUAAUUUGAGAGAAAUGAUGAAUUUUGACACUCUGAUGGAAGAAGAAGAAGAAGAAGAAGAAGAAGAAGAAGAAGAAGAAGAAGAAGAAGCUGCUACAGAAGGCAUGCCAAGUGAAAAUGUGACAGCUAAGUUGAGUUUGGAGGUGAUAAAGGAAAAUGAGGAAGCUGGGGUCACUAGUAAUUUAUGUGCAAAUGCAACAACGAAUGUUGAAGCGGUGAAGGAAGAAGAAGAGGAGGCUGCAAGUAACGAUUGUGCAAAUGUGACUACUGAAUUGGUGAAUUCAGAGGCGGUUAAAUAUGUAAAGACUGAUGAAGGCAUGGAAAAAACCAAUGCAAAUAACUUAACUGAAAUUGUGACUCCUCAAGUAGUUGUUUUAGGGACGUUUCAGGAAGACGAUGAAGGUGAUGUUGAAGCAAUGGAAACAGGUUCUGAACUCAUCAGUCAUGAAGAAAUUAGUGUAGAAAAGAGUUCAUCAGAACAAUAUUGUGAAUAUGAUGUAACCCAAAAUGACAUACCAGAAUCCCAGUUUGUAGUAAGUGUUGCUGAAAAACAGAAUUCUGUGAUUGAACAAUCUCAGCAAGCUAGUGUUUAUCCUCCGUCGUAAUAAUAAUCAGUGCAUGUUCUGAAUA